AAAAUCUAUGAAAUGUGUUUGCAUGUUCCUCUCUGCAAGCGGGGAUGUAGAGGUGGGAUUGCAAGGACCGAGAAAGCUCGGGGAACCCACGCGUUCAGCCUCUGAGAAAGUACGCUUCUCCAAAAUAACUGACGGUGAAUAUUUUUUUUUUCUUUUCACAUUUGCCAUUAACAGACGGGCACUCUGUAGGAUUGUGUUCCCGGGGAAGAAGCUUUUUUUUCUCUCUCUCCCCCCCUGCCCUUUUCUUUUUUUGUCACCAUUCUGCACGGCAGGCUGAGAGACGGACCGCUCGGACUGUGGGAGCCCUCCCCUCCACUCCGAUCUGCUUUGUUUCCAGAUGGCCCGUGGAAGAAUGUGGAUGAGGGCUGACCUGUAGUGGGGGCAGACGGCUCCGGGGCCUGCCUGUCGUCGGCUGUCUGAUCGGUUCAUCGAGGUGAGGCGCCACUCUCACCGGGGCGCAGAACGGACCCGAGGAACGGUCCCUCCUUGCUCACCCCUGCCCCCCUUUCCACCCUCACCCCCAACCCAGGCCCGAACGCUCUGGACCAUGUCUAGCGGGCUGUCGGAGGGGAGCCAGACAGAGGACCUGGAGCGGAGUAGCUGCAAGCAGGACUCUCCUGUUAUAGAGCGCAGGAACCGCAGCGGCAUCAUCAGUGCGCCCCUCAGCAAGAGCCUUAAGAACUCCCGCACCCUCUCUCAAUACACGGCCGUCUCAUCUGCCACCACCAACGGACACACGGACAAAAAUGAGACAAAGAGCCACACGGCCAAGCCUCAGCCGCCCCCGCAGCCCCAGCCCACCGUCUCCGCACUGACAGCCGCCAAGUUGGACCGGACCCUAGAACAGGUUCUGGAGGGACAGAAUGGCCUGCUGCACUUUGCCCAGGCAGCGGCACUGUUAAAGCGAGCCGGUAUGGAGCACAUGCUCCUGCCCGGGGGCAUGGGAGUCGGAGUUGGCGGAGGCGACGCGGGCUCGGGGGCUAGCGACUUGGAGGGUACGUCUGUCACGGACGCCGUAGGUGGUCCCGUCGACUUCCCAUAUGGAGUAGGGGGUGGCUUCCCCUUCAACCCGGGGCUUUUCAUCAUGACGCCGGCUGGAGUGUUUCUGGCGGACAGCGCGCUACACAUGGCCGGCCUGGCCGAGUACCCGGCGCAGAGCGAGCUGGCCUCCGCUAUCAACUCCGGUAAAAAGAAGCGAAAACGUUGCGGCAUGUGCCCACCUUGCCGACGGCGGAUUAACUGCGAGCAGUGCAGCAGCUGCCGAAAUCGGAAAACAGGCCACCAGAUCUGCAAGUUUCGCAAAUGUGAGGAACUGAAGAAGAAACCCUCUGCUGCUUUGGAGAAGGUGAUGCUUCCUACAGGAGCGGCGUUCCGGUGGUUCCAGUAGGACUCCUCCUCCUCCUCCACGUCCCUACCCAAAGCUCUGCCAUCAAGUGCAAUGCCAACUCCUGGAUUGUCUCCGGAACAGACACUGGCUUAUAAACAAACUAGCAACAAAUAAAAUUAUAGAAAAAAAAGAAACGACAAAAAAAAACAAAACGACAAAAAAGAAAAAAAAAAACGAACGGCAAAAAAAAAAAAAAAAGAUCAAUCGGAUAAUGGAUGCACCUACUUAUUCCUUGAACCAAAAAUGAAGCGUAAAGAAAAGCAUCUAUGGCAACUUUCAUUCCCUUUUCUAUGUUUCCAUUUUGGUACCUUUUGUCCUUUUCCCAGCAGGUUUUUUCUGUCGCUUAAACAUGGAACUGUUCAUUGCCAGAAACAGAAAUGACGGACUGAGUGUGGACAAUCAACUAAUUUCUGUGUUUGGUGUUAAUGUUGUUCAUGUGUGGAAAGAUACAGUACUCGUGUAGAGAAUGUAAAUUUACAGCUAUAUUUUAAAACUAGUGGCUAAUGGCAAACAUUAUUGUAAUUCUUCACCAUUAUGUUACUUAAACCCUUGUCGAUUUUCUGAUUUCAUUUGGUGGAGGACUGGAGUUUCCAGGCAGAUCAGCGGUCGUCUUUUGAAAGACAAGAAAAAAAAAAAAAAAGAAAAAUGUUCCAAAUUGUGUUGCUGUCAAUUUCGGAUUGAAUUGAAACUGAAAAAGUCUCGCUAUCGGGCAGAUCUCCAGAGACUCUUCACCGGGUUGAAGAUGCUGUUCGCCAGAGCCGUCACUGCUGUAAUUUCCUCAAUCAGCCCUCCUCUGCAUUUCCAAACUUUUCUUUUAGCGAAACUGGCAGCCUUAUGUUACUGUGGCCCUACUGAGCAUGUGCCAAUACUGCUCAGGGCAAUAGCACUAAGAGACAGCACUUGCUCUGAGUCUACCCUACUGAACGCACUGAGACAAGAUUGCAUUUUU